AUGUUCGACUUUGAAAAACUAAUAAGCGAAGUUCAGUCAAGGCCUUGUUUAUGGGAUAUUGGCUCAAACGAUUACCACGACAAGCCAAUGAAAAUGUUGGCAUGGAAUUCUGUGGCUGCCGCUAUGUAUCCGAAUUGGGAAGAACUUUCAACGGCUCAAAAAGAGGAAAAAGCAAAAGAUAUAAAGGACAAAAAAUGGAGACAUGUACGCGACAACUAUAUGAAAUAUAAAAACCAAGAAAAAAAUAUUAAAAGUGGUUCUGCUGCUACAAAAAUAAAGAAAAAAUACCACUUUGCUAAUUUGUUAUCGUUUUUGACACCAAAUUUAGAUAGAAGAAGUACCUCAGGAAAUUUUAUAAACGACACACAAAACGUAUCAGAUGCUCAGGUUUCGGAUAGAGAUGAAGUGGCUGAAGAUCAUGAGAAUACAUUAUCAGACCAAGAACACCCAUCACAGCUACUGGAUAUGUCCUUAAGCGCACAGAACACCCCACCGAGUACUUCAAAAAAAAAUAAAAAAAAUCCAAAAAUGACUAUUUUUCAGAGCAAACUAUUGGAUCACUUGGAAAAACAAGAAUUAACUGACGCGGAUGAACUUUUUUUGAAAUCUUUACUUCCUCAAGUAAAACAAUUAAGUGAUGGUAAAAAAUUAGAAUUUAAAAUGUACGUACUUAAAUUUUUUCAAAAUGAAUCUUAUCCACAAAAUAAUAAUUAUUCCUAUCAAACUCCAGUAUUUAAUCCUCAGAAUAAUGCUCCAUAUUUUUAUUCCGGGUAUCCUUCACCAAUUCCAAAUCAAUGUCCUCAACUACCUUCUUCUGAAAACAUAUCUGCACCUUAUCAACCAAAGCAACAACAUUUUCCUCCGCAUAAUCCCCAAGAUGGCAACCAUCAUCAAAUGUAA